UACCUGUCAACCGUCGGUCCCGAAUCAAUUCCCUUUGACGUCGCCCGUCUUUCCGCUAGAGCGGUCACGCUCGGAAAAAAGGCGUGGCUCGCUCCGCGCGCGUCGUUCCUGCGCGUGCUUGAAAUGCGCAUAUAUAGACAGCACGGUACUAAUCGCAUCGAUAAAUACGUAUCUCAUCGUCAUCACUCUUCAGUCACUAGUAAAAUUUAGGAAGCAUAGUCCUUCCUUUUUUUACUGGGAGGUUGACAGGUAUGCUGACAUACCAUUAGCUUUGCAGCUAUAUACAUCCCGCGCACCCUGCACUGCGCAUCAAACCAUGCAUAUAUAGAAAACCCGCGAAGAGUUACAGAAGAGUACGAGACGGCUAGAGUUGAGGCGUGCGGUAAAACAUGAGGAAGAAGUGGUACGGAUGUGGACUAAUUGCUUUUGCAACUCUCUCUAUCACUUUGCUGGCUGGACUUCUUCUGCGCAGUUUACCUUUUGAGACUGAAGAUUCGGCAUCAAAUGAGCCCCAAAGCGAAGUUUUCUUUUCUGCAGCAUACUCUUCGGCAAGUAUCCGCAGUCCGCAAAGUGCACCGAACUUCAGCGCCGAACACGAAGGCAGAAUUCUUGAGGAAACAAGUCCCCUGACCAAGCCCGACGAAAGCAAGGCGACAAAUUUAGCAACAAGUCGCCCAAAUCUGACCAAGGACGAAAGCAAGGCAACAAAUUCUGCAACAAGUUUUCUCCCAAGAAGUACCGCCACCACCAGUACUACAAUUCCGGCUAGAAUGAAUACCAGUCUCCAACAUAGUGUUACCAAACAUUCAGGAAGAAUAAAGGCUCCUCAGAAUUGUAAGCAGAAGAACUGUCAGGAAAACUUGUCUAAGGGUGAUAAGCAUGCACUGAAAUCAUGUGAAAAUCAAACGAGGAAGGGUUACAAGGGGUCGAUGAGCGAGAGUGACUGCAAGUUCCUGUCCAACAAUAGCCGUCGUGCUGUUGCAUUGGCCAGUGCACCUGGUGCUGGAAAUACGUGGACCAGAGGUCUACUUGAGAAGGCUUCAGGCAUUUGCACGGGAUACCUAUUCUGUGACACAGCCAUGAGAGCUCAUGGGUACGUUGGAGAGAACGUCAAGACCGGGAGAGUGCUGGUGAUUAAGACACACUCAAUUGUACCCCGUUGGGAAGGGGAGAACAAUUUCUACUUCCUAUCAUCAGAAGCCACCUAUUCAGCGGCUGUGUUUAUUCUUCGCAACCCUGUCAAAUCUGCAGUAGCAGAGUGGAAUAGGUACUCAUCGAUGAUUGUUGGACAAAAGAAUUCACCAAUAGCAAAACAUUUGCACACGUCCACUCUUCCUAAAGAGUCCUUUGAUGAAAAUAAAUGGGAUAUGUUCUUACGUGGGUACAUGAGGCACUGGAGCAGUCGCCUGCUACAGUGGAUAAUCUACCAGGACAAACACCCGAUUCACAUCUUGCGAUACGAAGAUCUCAAGCAGGACACUGUAGGGGAAAUUAAAAAGACCCUUGAUUUUCUGGACGUUUCGUAUGAUCCAGAGACAGUGAGAAAUAAACUAAAUUUGGACUAUGCUGACUUCAAGCGACCGCAUGAUAGAAAUGAUUACGAACAUUAUUCUGUGGAGCAGAAAGAGUUUGUUAAGUCAGUGCUUCUGGAUGUGAAUAUUGCUGCAAAGAGAGCAAAAAAGGCACAUCUUCUCCGACUUUAUGAAUAUAUACCAGCAUUCUAGUUCUGUCAAUUUUAAACAACUGUAUUCAUUAUGGUGUAAUUUGGCUUACUAUGUGUAAUCCUAUUUAUUUAUUGGCGAGCGGAAGCGAGCCAACCUAGUCGUCGCACGGGCCGAUUUUUAUAAUUUUACGACCGACCGCGUACGUCGUGUAAGUGCUUGGAACCAUGAAGAUUGGGAAGAGGCCUCGGUCAGUCAACGAAGGUUGCAGCGCAUGCCGUCCAAUGAAGGAGAGUUCUCUGUAUAGCAGGCUAGAUCGAUGAGC